CGUUGCCCAUUUCCUACCUACUUAGAGGCCUGUCAAUUUAUGAUCCUUUAUACUCUCCUAUUCGACCAUGGCCGCCCGUGGCUGGCUCCGGCGAGAUAGAAGUCACAACAAAUCCGAUAUUGUCAAUAUGGCCUAUCGAGCAUGAAGACAUCCGCACACUAUCACAGACAUUCUGUGGCCGACAGGUCACCAGACUGAUACACAAUGCCCACUGCCAGUCAAGAUAACCCUAGUCCCUCCGCCUCCUCCAUCUUCCUCCCGCUCGGUCGAAGAGCGCGGCGGGACUCGAAAGCCUCGUUGUCCAAUGACCUCGAUCAAGAUGCCCUCAACCAGGCGCUGAACACAAUCCAUACCGCAGCGUCCCAGUCCAACAACCUGACAGUCUUCAACGAGUAUACAGAUCCUCCUGCGGCUGCCUCGAACCAAGAGAACAAGACCUUGGCGAGCGAGAUACAAGGUGGAAUAUCUGGACUCUACAACAAGCUGAGGGCGAGCGUAGGAGCGGUCAAAGAGAACGAUGAUCGUCAUGAGGAGCAGGCUACACCUGGGCAGAGCGAGGACAAUGACCUCUCCAAACCCAGCUCCGGUUCUACAUCAAAGGCUCAUUCGCCCAAGUUGUAUGCUGUUGACUCUCCGGCCGCGAUCGAUCAUUUUUUUCAAUCGUCAAAGAUGUCUUCGAAAGCGACAAGUGUGACCAAAGUAUCGCUGCCGUCGACUCCUUCAAUCAGAUCACCAACUGGCCCUCCGCAGCCCUCGGCUCAUUUAGCUGAUCCAUCGGUCACCAAUGUCAAUAUUCACGCGGUCAGUUCAGCAAAUCACUCCAGAGCUGGUUCUGGAUUCGAUCUUGACUCUCCAGCACCAGAACGCAUGACUGCAUCUGGCGACAGCGACAGUCUAAGGCGCGUCUUUUCCAAGCCUGGCGCUGAGUCCUCCGCGGCUGAUCGGGGAAGUCGACUUGUCACCUCUCCUCGACUGCAAGCUGCUCAGAGACCCAGUCCACGCCUAUCAAUAUCUCAUGAACGCGGUUUGUCAUCCACUUCCACGCAAAGCCAUACUAGCCAUGCCGAUCCGUUGGCAAAUUCACAGCAAUUCACCCUCAAUGGGGACGCACCGGCCAUGCGAGUUUCCCCAAGCAAGCAGGACGCUGGGUCUCAGAAACACCCCACUAACCCUUUAGAUCUGCUUGCCGAAACUGCAGUCCACCCCUCAAAGCUUCAUCUAGGGUCUCAGGGAAAACCAAACGACGUUUCUAGCAUCAAAUCCCCUCUUUCUGCUACUUCAACAUCAAGACCUGCUGAAAGGCUUGCACCAAAGGUCAGCCAGUCCAAAUUGCCCGGUUUCAGAGCGCCUCGUACGUCCUCGUCAGACUCAACUAUCUUCACGGGUGUAGGACGCCACACUCGAGAGGCUUCAGUGGAUGAGAGUAAGCAAAAAGGGUUCAAUGUUGCCCCACAAGCACGGCCAAUGAGCAGGUUACGCAGCAAGCUUUUGAGCAAGGAGUUUUGGAUGCGGGAUGAGAACGCGAAAGACUGCUUUCAUUGUGGUGAACAAUUCACGACAUUCCGUCGAAAGCAUCAUUGUCGUACUUGCGGCCAGAUCUUCGACAACAAGUGUACAGUACUGAUCAGUGGAACCCAUUUCGGGUCCAACAGCGCUAUCCGUGUCUGCAAACCUUGUGAAUCUAUCAUCACCUCCCACGAUGAUGAUUCUUCUGACUAUUCAGUGGAGGAUCUCGCCCUCACUGAUCCCCGCCCUCGGACCCCAGAGCCCAACACCCAGAACCGUCAGCUUGCUCGCUUCGAUGACGACAACGCUUCCAUGACUUCUCAGUCCUUGGAACAGAUGUCAAAGACACCCACGAUGAGUUUCCCAUUACGACGAGCAUUCGAAGGGGCAGACCGAAGCUCCGCCGUGCUGGAAUUCGAUACGACUGACCGGCCCCUGCCACGACCUAGCUCCUCCAGGUCACUAAAGCCAAGUCAUUCCAUCGGCCACGGUCACAAACGUCACCACUCUAAACAUCAACACAUCCGGAAUUUUAAGGCUUACCAUGAAGAUCGGGCUCCCUUUCAACGACGUGCAGCAGAGGAGACCCUCAAAGAAGGCAAAUCCUCCGCUUUUCACCGUGACAGCAUAAUUGAUCCAGAUCUCGCCCAGUAUCUCUCCGAUGAUCCGUCCAGCGAGGAUGAGCCUUCCAUCAAUGAAGCCCUUAGUCCAGACAAGCUUUCGCGCAGUGGCCCUGAUAGCGACAGAACCGCUAUAAGGGGCCUUCUUGCUGCUGUACGAAAAGGCCGGUCACGAAUCGGAGAUCGCAGCAUUGCAGGGCUGCUAAGUCUGGGCAAAGAUAACGACGAUGCUAGUGUGAUCAGCUCUCGCAACCUCGACACUGUGAGGGGCUCUCGAAAGCGAAAUCUCAGUGUCUCCAGCAGCAUCCACCAACGCACUCCCCGAACAACCAGAGAACGAUUACAAAUCAUUGUGCCCGGCCAGGAUGAUGCGCAGGAUUCUCCGGCAGACGCCUCCAGCAUGUAUCGUGGCCAUUCACGAAUGAUCCGCAGUGCGUCCAUGCGUGGGGUGGCCGCCCCAGCAAUGGAGCUGAAUCGUGCCAGUAUACAACAUGUACACAAGCUUCUUCAGCAGCUCCUCAAAGACGCCAAUAUCCCCAAGGCCUCAAGCUGGGAGGAUGCCCUCAUACCAAUCUUACUAAAAGCUACCGACGAUGUGGAUCCUGAUGUGCAAGGUGGCGACGACAUUGAUAUCCGCAAUUACGUGAAAUUGAAGAAGAUACCAGGUGGUAAACCAGGAGAUACAGCCUAUAUUUCUGGUCUCGUUUUCACCAAAAACGUUGCUCUGAAAAGCAUGGCUCGGUCUCAUUCGAAUCCUAAAAUCUUGAUUAUCACGUUUGCGCUUGAAUAUGCUAGGCACGAGCAGCAUUUUCUGAGCCUGGAUCCUGUCAUUAGGCAGGAACGAGAGUAUCUCAGUAACCUCGUUGGUCGCAUUGCUGCACUGAAACCGGACGUCCUUCUGGCGCAGCGGAACAUCUCAGGUCUCGCGCUUGAGCUUCUCGAAAAGGCGAAGAUUACAACAAUUUUCAACGUCAAGUCGUCAGUUUUGGAAGCAGUGUCACGGUGUACACAAGCUCGGGUCAUGCAUUCGAUGGACAAACUCACGUCACAGGCAGAUCCAUUUGGCCGCUGCGACUCCUUUGAAGUCAAAACGUUUGUGGCGGAAGGCAGGAAGAAAACCUACGUCUAUCUCUCGGGUUGUCCCCCACAACUGGGGUGUACCAUCGCACUUCGAGGCGCAGACCGACAGACCCUGGCCAAGAUCAAACAUGUUACUGAAUUCAUGGUCUAUGUCGUUUAUAACCUGAAACUCGAGACAUGUUUGAUGAGAGAUGAAUGGGCUUUGAUACCGAGUGCUCCAACAGCGCAAGGUGCAGAGCCCAGUAUCGCGCCUACUAAUCUGAUAUCUAAGACAUCUGCAACAAGCAAUGGAAGCCACGAAACCAGCGGAGAUCCGGCAACAGACGCGACGAAAGCCGACGGUCAACCAAAGGUGGAGGCGGAUGUCUCUAAUGCAGACAUUCUCUCAUCCGAAAAAGAUGGCAAUCUUAUGCCACCUACCGGGUUGGAUAGCGCAGAUUCUGUGCACAUUCCGGAUGACAUACCCGUGCCUACGUUUUAUGAAGACCUUGUACUUAAACAUGAAACCCGGAUCCUCUCUGCAUCACCAUUUGUGAAGUUUUCGCAACCUUAUCUCCUUAUGCGUGCGCGUGAGCUGGAGAGACGCGUUGCAUAUCUCAAGAGACUUCGAGACCAGGAUCUGUCCGCUGAACAAGCAAUGGAAGACAAGGGAAAGUCCGCCAAGUUUACAUUGAUCCAACCUGAGAUGGUGCAUAUACCACUUGCUGGUGCUAGCAAGAAAGUCAGAGAGAUUAUUCACGCCGUGCAUGAUGCCGAGUACGACAAGGCCCUCUACAACUAUGAAACUCAGAAGAAGCAGUGGGAGACAUAUCUCUCCGGGAACCGCAAUCUCUUCGAUCCUUUUGCUCAUCAGAAUAUUGUGGUUCUGUUCAGCCUGGUCUCAACACAGACCUCGGUGCCAUGUUCUGGGCCAGAUCUCUUGGCCUUCAGCUUCUACAACGAACACGAGACCGAAGCCGAGUUUGAAGCAGACUGUACGCUUGGCCAGUAUGUCGAGGAUUUAUGUUAUCGUGCGAACGAGCCGUGUCAGUCGGAUGCUUGUGAAAAGCCGAUGCACGAACACCAUCGUCAAUACGUGCAUGGCGAGGCUCAGGUCACAGUGGUUGUCCAGCCAUAUCCGGCGAAGAUGCGCGGAUUCCAGGAUGUCAUCCUCAUGUGGAGUCAGUGCAAGGUGUGCGGAGUUGAGACCACCGUAACUCCAAUGUCACCAAGCAGCUGGAAAUAUUCCUUUGGAAAAUACCUCGAGCUCUCAUUCUGGAGUGCAGACCUGCAUGCUCGAGCGGGCAUUUGUCCCCAUGACCUUCACAGAGACCAUUUACGCUACUUUGGCUACAAAGACUUCGCUCUACGCGUCCAUUAUGAUCCAAUCGAUCUCUUGGAGAUCAUUGUUCCAAGAAUGAGAAUUACUUGGAAAGUCGACAACGAUCUGAAAUUCCGCAACGAAGUGUAUACUCGUCUGGAACAACGGAUUACUCGAUUCAUGGUAUCCGUAAAGCUUCGUUUGAAAAACAUCAACGUCGACGCCGUUUUACCUGAGGCUGCCGAAGCAUGUCACGCAGAGAUCGAGAAGCUGACAAAGAGAGCUACUGAGGAGCAUGCAAGCCUAAUCAAAAAGCUUCAAGAAUGCUAUACCAAUUCCAGGUACUGGGAGACUAUUCCCUUUAAUAGCAUCAUUCGUGAAGGGCAAGAAAAAGUGUCUGUGUGGGACACAACAUUUGCAGAUUUUGAAGGGGAUUUCUUCCCCUCAGAGAAAGAUAUCAGGAGACUCGCUACUUUACAACUGAAGAAGAUUUUCCUCGACCGCGAUGUGUCCGUAACGUCUUUGACGACCCAUGAGGAAGGUUUGACUACACCUCCUACAGAAGAGACAAUUGACGAAAAGGACGAGUCAGCAGAAAAACGUCCUGAUGCCCUCGAGUUGCGAAGAGGUUCGAAACUUUCGCCAGAAAAGACGCAGGAUGUCCUUCAGUCAGUACUCACCGAACACUCAAAUAACCCAUCAAUGGAGGACGAGGCUCCGGCGUCUUCGGAAGUGAUGAAAUCUGACGUGCAGAAUCUCCCAUCUGUUCUGGAUGGACCAAGGAAUAUUGAGGAUGUAAAGCACCUUGAUCUGGCAAUAGAAUUGCCAGGUCACAGGGAAACCCUGCCCGGUGCCGGCACUGAGCUUGAUUCCUCUGCAACAGCGAGAUCGACAGAGAUCACCCAUAAGCCAUCAAAGCUUAGCCCUGCGCUGGGUCCGGACACGGAGGCAUCCGGGACUCUGAUCACAACCGCGCGGACUCACUCAAUUGACUUACCUGUGAUAGCGGAAGAUCCCAUCGUACCCUCUACAAUGCGGCGAACAUCGGAUGGCAAAUCGGCUUCGCCUAAACUCGCUCGUGCACACUCUCAGCCAGCUGGCUCGAUCGAACUGCGUCUAAAUGCCGGCCAACCCCCUUCAAGCACGCUGUCAGCAAUCAGUGCUAUGAACGGGUUCGGAUCAGCAAAGCAUAGCCCGGCGCUGUCUGCUGUCGGCUCGGAUUCUAACUUGCAAGUUCCCGACAAGAAACUUUCCGAGCGCCUCGGACUUUCACAGCUCAAGAAAAAUACCUUCUCCAAGGGUCAUUCCCUGAUACCGCGGGCUAUCACGAACCGCAAGGAGUCUCGUGUUUCCAAUCUCGCGAAGCAUUUUGAACAACUCAGUCGGGAGUUCGAGCGAGAACGGAUCAGAGAAAGGAAAGUACGGGCUGCGAGAAACAGACAAUCAAGGAUAUAUCCAUUGGCUGUGUCAAAACCCAUUGUUGAAGUCUACAAAGAUGUGGACGAAGCAGUCGAGGAAAGAGGCUAUUCUGACGACGUCUUUGACAUGGACGAGCCGCAGGACGACAAUCAGAAGUCAAUAGACACGGCUGAAGGCAUGGCCAAGCUCGAUGUUACACGACAUGAGGAAACACUUCCUCCAAUAGAAGCAGGAGCUACAGACAUUACCGAAAACGAGGCCGAUACACAACUCUCGAGCCACGCACCUUCUGAGAAUGACGAGCGAAGCGAUGUCGAGGACGCCUCAGAAGAGAUAUAUUUACCAGACUCGCCUGAAGACCUCUUACGCAUGUCGCAGGAGGACAUGGACCUCAAAGAGCUUCCGAAGCAUGAACGCACGUCGCUGAUGAAGAUGUUGACCAAUUUCUGGGCUGAACGUUCCUCGAGCGGUUGGACUGCGCUUGAGUAUCCUCUUGGUGCAUCUGACCACAUCUUCGCGGAUUGUGACAUUAUCGUUCGUGAGGAUGAACCGAGUUCCAUCAUCGCCUUUGCGCUGGAUUCACAAGACUACAAAACGAUGUUGCAAGAUUUGCAGAAUCGUCCUAUUCGCGACACCGUCCACGAUCUUAGUGGGCAUGAUCACUCCGAUGCCUUACAGGCUGAUGUUAUGCACUCCCUGUUACGCAAGACAGGGACUCACUUGAAGUACCAGUUCCAAGAAGGCCCAGCUAAGAUGCUCUGCAAAAUAUUCUUCGCCGAGCAGUUUGACGCCGUACGCAGGAAAUGUGGCGUCGCGGAUCGAAUCAUCGAGUCUCUGUCGCGAUGUGCCAAAUGGGAUUCGAAAGGCGGCAAGACCAAGUCACUCUUCCUCAAGACUCUGGACGAUCGCUUCGUGUUGAAGUCUCUUUCACCCAUCGAAACGCAAUCAUUCCUCAAAUUCGCCCCUAAUUACUUCCAAAUCAUGUCCGAAGCAUUCUUCCACGAACUUCCCUCUGUUAUCGCCAAAAUGCUAGGCUUUUACCAGAUCAUCAUCAAGAAUCCUGUCACGGGCCUCGAGUACAACUGGUUUUUGUUGGUCAUGGAGAACUUAUUCUACGACCGCAUUCCAACUCGAAUCUUUGAUUUGAAAGGCAGCAUGCGCAACCGCAAAAUCAACGCGACUGGCGAGAAGAACGAAGUGCUACUUGAUGAGAACAUGGUCGAAUUCAUAUACGAAUCCCCGCUGUUCACGCGCGAGCAUAGCAAGAAACUCCUCCGGAGUAGCGUGCACAACGACACACUCUUCCUGGCGAGACAGAACGUCAUGGAUUAUUCUCUUAUGGUCGCCAUUGAUGAAGUGCGCAAGGAGCUCGUCGUGGGAAUAAUUGACUGCAUCAGGACAUAUACAUGGGACAAGAAGCUCGAGAGCUGGAUUAAAGACCGUGGAUUCGCAAGAGGCGGAAAGAACCGCCCUACUGUCACGAGUCCAAAGGAGUAUAAGCGCCGGUUCCGAGAGGCAAUGAACCGGUAUGUGCUUGAGGCGCCGAACUGCUGGCAUCAGUUUAAGCCGCUGAAAGUCGAAAGGCGCGUGCUCAAAAUGGAUGGGGAUAAGGAUGGGGAUAAGGGUGAGAAUGAGGUGCAGAUCCUGGCGUAGGUCAACUUCAAGGGAAGGGCCAUCAUGGGAGUAGAGAUGCCUCAAGACUUCGUAAUUGCUUGUGAGCGAGUAGAUUUUAGCCAUUGCAUACUAUAGCGACAGGGCGCUGGUUGGGUAGAGCAGGAUGCCUACUAUGCAUUGCUAGUAGUAAGUCCUUGAUAGCAUGAUAAGGAAUGAGACCACGAGUGAUGAGAAAGAGAUGAAGGAUGUCUUCAGGUCUUGUCCAGGAUCUUUGCAUUCGAC